UCACUUUACGAAUCUGCUAGAAUUCAGCAGCGAAUUUAGUCAUUUAUUUUUUACAUUUUCUAAUAAAACCUAGUCAACGAAAGGCCAAUGGACCUUGAGGUACAAGUCGCUGUAAACUUCCUAAUCGGCUAUCUCGUCAAUAAACUCCCACGUCGACGAGUACAGCUUUUUGGCGAAGAAGUGGUGAAGAAGCUGACGAAGAAAUUCGAAGGCCAUUGGUACCCCGAAAAACCUUGUAAAGGAAGCGGAUACCGUUGCCUUCUUAUAACUGAAAGUUUAGAUCCUGUAUUGAGUUCUGCUGCCAAGGAGAGUGGGCUUAGUGUUAAGGAUGUCAAAGCGAAUUUGCCAGAAAAACUUUGUUUGUGGAUUGACCCUCAGGAAGUCUCUUUCAGAAUUGGCGAACAGGGCUCCGUAAAGACCAUUUACAAAGCAGAAAAGAAAUCCGAAGAAAUCUGCGACGAAACUGCUCGCUGGGUGAACCUUUUAAAUGGCCAUAAUAGUUCCAACGCUAGCCCAGUGCCAUUCCGCAGUCAGAGCCCACCGAGAAUAAUGGCGGACCGUUCAUCUCCAGUCUUUUCUUCAACAUCAAGUUCUUCGCCAUCGCCUACCUCGUACAACUCCCCAUUCUUACAGUAUAGUAGUUGGAGUGCCGCCGAGGAAUCCUCUUUCUACAAAUUCCGAGCGAAGAGAGCUUCUCCGACGCCACUGUCCCCAAACGCGAAAGAGUUUAAUUAUCGGGCGCCGAAGGAUAACUUUAGUUAUGGCGCUCCACAAGGAAAAAGUGGGCUGGACACCACUCGUGGGGCAUUUAUCUCUUCUUCUUUCCUAGACUGGUUCAACUACAAUGAAAUUGGAAAUUUUAACACAGCCGCCCAGCUGCCCAUCUUAGCUUAAAAAAUCUCAAAUGUCUGGUGUUGAAAAGUUCGACGUUUGAAUUUAAAAGGUGUCUAAAUUUGUAUAAAGAAAUAUAUUACAAAGGAUGUUGUGAAAGUUAUCACAGAAAAAUUGUAAAUUUUUACGGAAUAAGUUACAGUAUUUCACCAACGCAUGUACAUUUGUACAAAAAACCCGUUUUGUUCAUAAAUGAAAUGUAUAGAGUUUCUUAAAAGAGAUGUAAAAGAUAUUUUGUUCUUGUUUCAAAGAAAAUUCCCAAAAAAUUGCCACAAUGGCGUUGAAUUUAUUAUGGAUUGUAUUUAAGAAUUUUUGAAGAAAGAGGAAAUAAAGUUUGCAUACAAUUUA